GUGACAAAGCCACAUAUGGGUGCAAAUGAGGAAGGAAACCCGGUAUAAGAAAGCAGACUAAGUCAUUUUUCUCACAUUUCAUUCCUCUCCCUGAAGAAACCACUGCUGCCUUGUGAUGACAUAGCCAAGCAACUCUCCUUCAAGAAAGCUGACACAGGGAACCAUGAAUGCCACGUUCCUUCAACUCACCAAUGGAUCCCUCAAUUCUACUGACCUCUGUCCUAGAGAUAAUCGGAUUACUCACUUGAUCUUCCCAGUCCUUUACACCACUGUGUUCUUUGCAGGGAUAUUACUAAAUAGUAUGGCGUUAUGGGUUUUCUUUAAGAUUCCCAGCUCAUCCACUUUCGUAGUCUACCUUAAAAACACUCUGAUGGCAGAUUUGAUAAUGACGUUGAUGCUCCCUUUCAAGAUUCUCUCGGAUGCAAACAUCGGACCCUGGCAAAUCCGAGCUUUUGUCUGCCGUUUCUCAGCAGUGAUCUUUUACGAGACAAUGUACAUUGGUAUCAUCUUACUUGGACUCAUUGCUUUUGACCGCUUCCUCAAGAUCAUUCGACCCUUUGGAAAAUUCUGCGUGCAGAAGCCCAUUUUUGCCCAAAUCCUUUCCACAGUGGUCUGGCUCUUCUUAUUCUUUCUCUCUUUGCCCAACAUGAUCUUAUCUAACAAGGAAGCCACACCACAAUCAGUAAAAAAGUGUACUGCCCUAAAAGGUCCCUGGGGCAUUAUAUGGCACAAGACAGUCAAUUAUGUGUGUCAGUUUAUCUUCUGGACUGUUUUUUUCCUAAUGUUUCUGUUUUAUGUGGUGAUUGCCAAGAAGGUAUACGAGUCUUUCAGAAAAUCCCAAAGUAAAGAUGCCAAAACCAACAAAAAUCUAGAAGGCAAAGUCUUCAUUGUCGUGGCCGUAUUCUUUGUAUGCUUCGCCCCUUUCCAUUUCGCAAGGGUCCCCUAUACUCAGAGCCAGACCAACAACAAGACUGACUGUGCCCUGCAGAACCAGCUCUUCCUGGCUAAGGAAGCUACUCUCUUCUUGGCCACGACCAACAUCUGCAUGGAUCCCCUGAUAUACAUAUUCUUAUGUAGGAAAUUCACAGAAAGGCUGCCCUGUGUGAAGAAAAUGAAAAGGACGAGCCAAGAAAACUACACCACUCAAACUGAUAAUAUAACUUUAAGUUGACAGAUUUUGUGAGUAACCCCCUUUAAGCGCAUGGGCUUGAAAGAGAUAUUGUAGCAAUUGUAGUUGGAGAAAAGCAAUUUAAGCAUUAAACAAAGUGUUGGGGUGGGGGAAAGGAAAUAAUAUGACUAAAAUGUACAUGUUCUGCCAUUACUUGAUUUUCAUGCAUGCUGCAUAGAAAGGAAACUUAAUUUGAAUUUCUGAAUGCUACAUAUGAAGGGUUGUUUAAAUGAAAGGGGAUUAUUCAUCAGUCUUGAGAGGGGAGAAAAUUACUCCAUCUGAGAAAGGGUUGAUUUAUAUGAAAAUAUAAAUUGUCUUAAGACAACAUUUAACCACUAUUUCAAACUAAAACAAUAAAAUAAUAGCUUUGAAAUAUUGGAAGGGGGAUUAGUUUGUCGAGAUUUAGACUCUUAGAAUGGUCCUCAUGUUCUCUCUAAAAUUACUAAAUUUGUUAGGGAUAAAUGACUUUGUUGUUGGUGAUCAGUUCUACAUUUCCUAUGUCUUCCAGUGCUAUAAUAAUCACUUCUCUAAAAGCUUUUUACUCUGGUUGUUUAAAAAACAAAUGCACAGUGUCCAUAACUGAAUGUCAGCCCCAAUUUUUGCGAGUUGUUAAGCAUCUUUUCCUUUAACCCCUCUUCAGUGACAUAUACUAUCAGUGAGGUCUUCACUUAGGCUUAGGUUACUUCAUCCCUUCCCCUCUCCCCCCCUCGAAUUUAAAGGAGAUUUUAUUAUAUCUAUCUAUAUCUAUUUCCUUAUCUGCACAACACUCUUUUUCUACUAUAAGACAAAUCUCCUUGAGGGAAGGACAGUUGCUUUGUCAUCUUUAUAGUCCCAAACUACAGUUCUGUGUGAAUUGAAAUGAAACUUCCCAAAAAACCCAAAUUCUUGAUGAUUUGGUAAUCCACAAAAUGGGACAAUUCCAGAUCACAGAAUGUUAGAUUCAUAAGGCACAUUAGAGGUCAUCUGCUAUAAUCAUGUCACUUUAGAGAUGAGAGAAAUUAACAGACUUCUGCAAGGUAACAUGGCCAACAAGGGAAAGAGUCUUUGAUUCAAAAUUCAGAGCUUUUUUCAUUAUUCCAAGCGAAUACCUGAGUAUCUGAGAAGUGCUUAUUGCACGGUUGCUUUUAAGAAAUAGAAAACCCAAAUGGGAUUGAUCAGAAGAAUUAAUCUUAAUCUUAAUAUUAACCUUAACAAUGACAUAGGAAUCAUGAAGAAGAAAGAACCUUAUUAGAUAUUCUUUUCCUAACCUCUGUAUUUUAAAAGGAAUUCUUAAUAUAACCUCUACUUCUUGGGAUCCCUAACUCACUUCAUAGCUCAAUUCAGAUUUUCGCUCCCAGAGGAAGCCAGACAUUUCUUUCCCCAAUUGUUCGCAUUUUCUCCUCCUUCAAAUGAUCACACAUGUUGUCAUUAUUGUUCCAUCCUGUCCAACCCUUUUGUGACCUCAUUUGGGGUUUUCUUGGCAGAGAUAUGAAAGUAGCUUGCCAUUUCCUUCUCCUGCUUAUUUUCUA